CCCCUCCCUUUGCGCCAGUGGUUUGGUCCUCUCUCCAGCUGAUCGGCCCCAGGAAUCCCCGGUGGUUCCGUCCGUCAUCGGCUUUGACGGCUCCCAUGUUUCACUCUCGCUUUAGGCUGUUUUAAUCCACAGGACUUUGUGGCCGCUCGUGUCGGCAAAAAGCUCCACAACCGCCGAAAAUCGAGAGGAAAAAGGGAUUAUCUCGUCGGCCCGCCGCGUUUUGUGCCCAUCCAAACGCUCGGAUCUAUAAGGCGAAUUGAAAGGCCCUCGCUCCAUCCCCGGAUUCACCUGCUACAAGGAGAGCCUCAACGCGGAAGAGCAACAUGGGGGACACCGGGAGCGAGGGCAGCAAGCCCCCGAGUAACGUCAACGUCGUACCGCCGCGCUGUCCCUGCGGCUUCUGGGGGUCCAGCAAAACGAUGAAUCUGUGCUCCAAAUGUUUUGCAGACAUCCAGAAGAAACAGCCAGAUGGUGCCUCAAAAGCCUCCUCAAACUCCAGCAGUAGCAGUCAAGCAGACGUCAACCAGUCCUUUAUAGCCAUGUCAGACACCUCAGAAAAUCCUUUGCCAGGAGAUGCAGCAGUAACCUCUCUACCUGCUCAGGAUGAAGUAUGCAGCACAGACACAACCUUCAGCUCACUCUCCACUCCUACAAAACGCUCCUUCGAAUCAGGCUCCGAGUCAGAAAGUGAUAGUUCUCCCGAGAAGCGAGCAAGAGUGGGUGAAGUGCAGGGGGUUGAGGAGUUGUCAUCGUCGUCGUCGUCAACGUCAUCUUGUUCUGCGUCAUCGUCAUCUACCGCAUCAUCUCGCGGGGGCUCCAAACAGCGGAGCCGCAAACGUUGCCAUCGCUGCCAGACGAAACUGGAGCUGGUGCAACAAGAGCUGGGCUCCUGUCGCUGUGGUUACGUCUUCUGCAUGCUCCAUCGGCUCCCGGAGCAACACGACUGUCUGUUUGAUCACCUGGGCAGCGGGCGCCAGGAGGCCGUCCUCAAGAUGGUCAAGCUGGACCGCAAGGUGGGCCGCUCCUGCCAACGCAUCGGAGAGGAGUGCUCCUGAGCACCGCAGAAGAGAGAAUUGCUACCCAUAAGCCCGAGCAGGGAUUUCACCUUUUUUUUUUUUUUUUUUUUUUUUUUUGUACAGCCUAUUCAUUUAAGAGGAUGCUCAUGCUCUCUAACACCCCGUCCCCCACCCGCCUCCCUUUUAUCCCCACUCAUCCCAAACUUGUUGUACUUCUGCCUGCUUGAUUGUUUCCCUGCUGCUAAACAAAACCACAAUUCAAGAACGAGAACCAAACAGAGCAAAAGAACUUUGGGCUUUUGCCUACGCCACCCAACCCCCCCCUCCCUCCCAUCGAUUUCACACGUGUGUGCGAUAAUAAAUGAGCAGCUGGAUGAAGAAGCCAGUCGAAGAUGAUACCUCAAAGAAAAGAAAAUACGAUGAUAAAGAGGACAAUGAGCGUUUUUCGUCUCGUUUCCUCGACAAGAAAUCUACAACAACUGCUUCUAGUACUGAAGCAGGACAUUCAACCAGGGGACUAAGUGUCUUAGCCGCCGCUAAUAAUCAUAACCAACCUGAUCAUGAUCCACCUCAGGAUAAGGAAGCUGCUUUCCUCCGAGCUCCCUCCCUUGGUUUUUUUUUUUCUUUUUCUUUCAUCCAAAAUUUUUUCACGGAGGACAUCCAGUCAGCAAUUUCAGAUUCACGAUUUUGAAUCAAACGCCAUCAGGCUGUGUUCUGUGGGAUUUUUUUAUUUUUGACUUACCAACCCCUAACAAGUGGUAUUUUCCAAUAAAAUGAGUGCAACUUUUUCUUUUUCAGAUGAAAAAAAAAGAUAAAACUAAAUAAAUGAAAAGCCACGCUUUUCAUUGGACAGCAAUGACUGUUUUCAUCAUUUAUCCCACUGUCUUUUUUUAAUUUUUAUUAACCUUGCAGUUUUUCCCCAUAUGGUGAAAACCUUCUUAUCAUGUAUACACACGUUUGUAUUCCAUGACAGUCUGCAUUGUACACCUUCACCCAGCAUUUUGACACUUUUUAAAUAUGUACACAUACAGUGGAACCUCGAUUUGAACGGAUUAACAGGGACGGAGUGAUCCGGGGGUCGCUAAUUCUUUGUUACAUUGAAGCACUUUUUUUUUAUAUUUAUGCCGUGUUACUGUACAGUACAAAAUUGUGUUUUUUUUUGUGGCGUAAAAUGCUCAGUAUGGUUCAUCUAUCCAUUCUGACAUUCUUAUCCUCACAAGUGUUGUGGGAGUGGUGGAGACUGUCCAAGCUGUCAGGUGGCAGGGUACACCAUGAAGUGGUCGCCUGGUAAUCGCAGGGCUCAUAGAGACAAACAACCAUUCACACUCACAAUCACGCUUAUGGGCAAUUUAGAGUCUUCAAUUAACCUACCAUGCAUGUUUUGGGGAUGUGGGAGGAAAUCGAAGUGCCCAGAGAAAACCAAAGCAGGCACAGGGAGAACGGGCAAACUCCACACAGGUGGGGCCGGGUUUAAUUGACCCUUGAUGCUCAGAACUGUGAGGCAGACCCUCUAACCCACAGGUGUCAAACUCAAGGCCCGGAGGCCAGAUCUGGCCCGCCACAUUUUUUGUGGCCCGCAAAGCCAAAUCUAGAGUGUGAUUUUCCAUCAUUCUUGUAAAAAUCUGUACCAAAAUUUCAAAUUGUCAUAUAUCAUAAAUGAUAAAGCUGAGAUAUUACAAGUAUUUUUGUGUUACCAAACAUGAAUGGUUGAAAAAUACAUUACCCUCGAUUGUUGAUUCCAAAACUAGUGCAUAAAUUGAUGGAAAUAUGAUGAGAUGAUUAAAUAUUUUUGUUCCACAGUCUUAAUGGCCCUCUGAGGGGAAACCAGAACAACAAUGUGGCCUGCGAGAUAAAUGAGUUUGACGCCCCUGUUCUAACCAGUCGCUCGUGGCGUUCAGUACUGUUCAGUUAUUGUAAAUCAAUGUCACAAAGUUUCACGUUUUUUUCUUUUUACCACACCGCUGAACUGGCAUGCCUCUCUCGCUCUUUCUUGCUCUCGCUCUGCGUGAGCUCUGCAGUACGGCAGCCCAUAGAUGUAACCUUCAUGACAUGGGGGCCACGCCAAUGUUCCUCACAUUCAACAUGGCCGCCAUGUAGUAACCUGCCUGCAUUGGGUAACAGCACAACAACAGCAGGAGCCAAUACUGGAACCAACAAGAGUUUGGUUGAGUGACAAAUCGAAACUAUUUUUGGACAGAUUGUUCAGUCCUGGCUGUUGUCCUUUAUGUUAGGGUCUGUUUCAUCGAGGUUCCACUGUAUUGCCGUUUGAUUCACGCAGCAGUCUAAAGCUGAGCUUACUCAACUCAGCAGUUCCUCUUGUCGAGGUGCUCGUGGUGUUUCAGCUGGGUUUUUUUUAGUCAUACAUAUUUUCCAAUGCGUUCACAAGUAGCGUUCUUUGUUUUUCAUUCCUCCACCUUCAGGUACGUAACCGGUCCUCGAGAUUGGCCAGUGUUCUGAUUUCCAGCCAAUCAUGACGACAACGCUGAUCAAUAUGUCUUUUUGCUCUGCAGUUAACAGUGAAUAAUAAAUCCUGAUUUUUUUUUUUUUUUUUUUUAAAGAACAAAUUGUAAUCUUGACUCUACAAGAAUUGAACAAAAUUUAUUGAAUAUCAUGUACCAUGAAGAAUACUUUUAUUUAACCUCUUUUUGCCUUUUCAGGUUGACUUACACUUAAGUGUUGUUUUUCCUGUUCUAAUAUGGUAUUUGGGGAUAUAAAAAAAAAUAUUGCAAAAUUAUAUAUUUUUCUUUCCAUGACUUUGCAUUUUCCUUUCCUUCUGUUUUUUCCUUUUAAUGAGAAUAAAAUGAUUAGAUAACAUGUCUGUA